AUGUUUGAACGACAGUUCUCUGCUGGUAGAGCUCACAAUUUGACGUACCUGGAGUUGACGAAUAUAAAGCAGGAGAAGGGAGAAAGUCUUAGAGACUUCAUGGAUCGGUUCAAUAGGACCGCUAGGCAAGUAAGGGGAGUAGGCAAGAAGUUUACCAUUAGCACUCUGGCCACCGCGUUGAGGCCUUCCCCUUUCGCCGAUAAUCUGUUUACGGAACCCCCAUUAACCCUGGAUGAGUUACAAGAGAGAGCCGCUCGGUUCAUCAGAAUAAAGGAGAUGAGAGCUGUUCAGAGGCGACAAGAGGAACAGAGCUCGAAUUCUGGGCAAAAGAAGAAGGAGGGUAAGAAGUCGUUCGUGCCUGGCGAACGGCCAAAGGGCCAGAGAUACAGAGAUGGUCCAAAAGGGGCUAGAUUCGAAAGGUAUACCUCGUUAAAUAUGCCAAGGGCUAGAGUCUUGGAAGAAGCCCUAAGUACAGACCUUAUCCGAUUAAGGCCUUCUCGGUUGUCACCCAAAGCCGACGGGACUAAACAUUGCACCUAUCAUCUAAACAUAGGGCAUACCACCGAAAACUGCACGGUGUUGAAGGAUAAGGUGGAGGAGCUCAUCCGAGCAAACUGA